GCGCGCACGGUGGCAGUGUUGGAGGUAGAGUUGUUUGCGCGGCUCUCGGUCGGGGUGGUACGGAGAUUUCUUUCUGUUGGUGAAGAUGCCGCCCGUGGAUAAGCUGCUGUUAGAGGAGGCGCUGCAGGACAGCCCGCAGACACGUUCCCUGCUGAGUGUAUUUGAGGAAGAUGCAGGCACGCUAACUGAAUAUACAAACCAGCUGUUGCAGGCCAUGCAAAGGGUGUAUGGUGCUCAGAAUGAAAUGAGUAUCGCAACACAGCAGCUGUCCAAACAGCUUCUUGCAUAUGAGAAACAGAAUUUCGCCUUGAGCAAAGGAGAUGAUGAAGUGAUUUCUACCCUCCAGCGUUUUGCCAGGGUUGUAAAUGAGCUAAAUUCUCUUCAUACAGAACUAGCUAAACAGGUCGCUGACACAAUGAUAUUCCCAAUGAUACAAUUCAGGGAAAGGGAUCUCACAGAAGUAAGCACUUUAAAAGAUUUGUUUCUUCUUGCUAGUAAUGAACAUGAUGCAGCAAUGGCAAAAUACAGCAAGCUACCCAAGAGAAGAGAAAAUGAAAAGUUGAAGGCAGAAGCAGUUGCAGAAGUAGCUACUGCAAGAAAAAGACAGCAUCAGUCUUCCUUGCAAUACUUUUGUGCCUUAAACGCACUACAGUACAGGAAGCGGGUGGCAAUGCUGGAUCCAUUGCUUGGCUUUACACAGGGUCAGAUCAACUUUUUCAAGAUGGGAGUGGAGAUGUUUUCUAAGAAACUGGAAGAAUUUUUAUCUUCAGUUGCAGCCAUGGUUCAAAGUAUCCAAGGGCAACUGGACACUGAGGCUGAAAGUAUGAGAUUGGCCCAACAGGAACUGCUGUUAGUCAAUGAAUCCAUCUAUAUUCCCGAUAACAACACUACUGCAACCAGACCAGCUAACAGGAACCUCCUUCAGAAAGCUGGCUACCUGAAUAUUCGAAAUAAAACAGGCCUGGUGUCUACAUCCUGGGAAAGGUUGUAUUUCUUUACUCAAGGAGGUAACUUAAUGUGUCAGCCACGAGGGGCAGUAGCUGGAGGACUGAUCAUGGACCUGGAUAAUUGUUCGGUUAUGGCAGUGGAUUGUGAGGACAGAAGAUACUGUUUCCAGAUCACUUCACCUUCAGGAAAAAUGAGCAUUAUCCUUCAAGCAGAAGGCAAACAGGAGUAUGAAGAGUGGAUUUGCACCAUUAAUAAUAUUUCCAGGCAGAUCUAUCUCACUGACAACCCUGAGGCAAUUGCAAUCAGGCUGAACCAGACAGCAGUGGAAGCAGUGACACCUAUGUCCACAUUUCAGAAAAAACAUGAAAGUUUUCGUCCUCAGAGAGCUGAGAGUGAGUGUACUGAAGCUGCGAGCAGUGAGAAAUGUUUGACGGAUGCCCCAGAAUCUGUAGAUCCACUAGUAAUCCCUGGAACUCCGAUUCAGUUUGACCUGUGUACAAUAAGUGAAGUCUUCGAUCAGAACAAGUCUGUCAGCAGGCGCACAAACCCAUUUGGAGAAUCAGCCCAUGACAAAGCUGCCACUUCAGAGGAUUUGCUUUUGCACCAAGUGUUUACAGUCAGGUUUUUAGGUUCCAUAGAAGUGAUAACCGACCAGAAUGAUGAGUUAAUCUAUGAGACGAUGAGACAGGUUUUGGCUGCACGAGCAAUCCAUAAUGUCUUCCGUAUGACGGAGUUUCAGAUGGUUGUCAGCUCCCGGGAACUGAGAUUCGUUGAUCCACAAACGCAAAUUACAAAAACAAGUUUUGCCCUUAGUGAUGUGACACUGUAUGCUACUCAUCAAGAUAACAAGAGGUUAAUUGGGUUUGUGGCACGAGCUCCUGAUUCUCUCUCUCAGCACAAAGCUUUACUGAACUGCUGCAUUUUUGAAACAAAUGAUGAUGGAGUAAAGAUAUGUUCUAUUAUUGAUCUUGGAAGAAAGAUUAAUCAGGCAGAAAGGGACCCAGAAGCUUUAGCCGUACUCAUGAAGUCAAUAAAACUCAGUGCUGAUGGCAAGUUCUUUUUACUAAGGCAACAGACAGACAAAGAGGAAGCUGAAGAGAGUUUAGAAUCAGAAGCGUAGAAUCUGCUUUUUGAGUAUUGGAGCAGUCACAGCAAAAACAUUUGCAAUCUUCAACAAUUUCUUUGAUUUCCAGUUCGGUCUCUUCAUUAUGUAAAUGUAUUCUUUGUUGAGUAUUAAACCAAUGAAGCUAUGGGUGAA